AUGAAGACUUUCGCCGCUAUCGCCACUCUUGCUGUUGCUGUCAUCGCUGGCGAGGUUUCCUAUCAGGCCAAGCCCGCCUAUGUCGCUCCCCAGGUUGAGGUUAAGCCUGUCUACGAGAACAAGCCCGCCUAUGUUGCUCCCCAGGUUGAGGUUAAGCCUGUCUACGAGAACAAGCCCGUUUACGUUGCCCCUAAGGUCGAGGUCAAGCCUGUCUAUGAGAACAAGCCCGUUUACGUUGCUCCUAAGGUCGAGGUCAAGCCUGUCUAUGAGAACAAGCCCGUUUACGUUGCUCCUAAGGUCGAGGUCAAGCCUGUCUACGAGGCCAAGCCCGUUUACGUUGCUCCCAAGGUUGAGUAUGUUGCUCCCAAGCCCGCCUAUGUUGCUCCCCAGGUUGAAGUCAAGCCUGUCUAUGAGAACAAGCCCAUUUACGUUGCCCCUAAGGUUGAGGUCAAGCCUGUCUACGAGGCCAAGCCCGUUUACGUUGCCCCCAAGGUUGAGUAUGUUGCUCCCAAGCCCGCCUAUGUUGCUCCCCAGGUUGAAGUCAAGCCUGUCUAUGAGAACAAGCCCGCCUACGUUGCCCCUAAGGUUGAGGUCAAGCCUGUCUACGAGGACAAGCCCGCCUACGUUGCCCCUAAGGUUGAGGUCAAGCCUGUCUACGAGGACAAGCCCGCCUAUGUUGCUCCCCAGGUUGAGGUCCCCAAGCCCGCCUACCAGGCCAGUGCCCCUCACUACUAA